UCUGCCCGGGGAUGGAUGGUACCAGCCAGGGAGCCCCGAGGCACCAUCCUAGGGCUUCCCAGAGGCGCUGAUGCAUCCUUGCAAAAUUCCCCUCGGCACACGCAGUGGGCAAGCUGUGGCACCUGGAAAACGGUAUCCCAAAGCUCUCCCGAAUGCCAGAGGACCCCAGACUCCUUGUGGGGCUGAUAUCCAUGGUAAAAAAAAACACAAUCUGCAUGGGGACACCAGCAGGUUGGUGUCGGGAAAAGCCACAGAUUCCUUCGGGAGCACAGCAGCUCUCCGGGCAUCUCCUGCAAGCUUCGAGGGUACCUGCCCUCCACUGGACCGCUCCAUCCCUGUUCUCCACGCCGAAAGCAUCGCUGAUCUUCCUCCCUCUCCCGGGUGCCGGAGGAUGUUUAGGACCCGGGCUGUGCAGCUCCUCCCUUCCAGGUCUCCCCAGGGUUAUUGCUUGGUGGGAGGUAGGUUCAGGGCUUGGUGGUAUGAAUGAAAGAGAGAGAGGAAAUCGGCGCUGAAAAGCUCAAACUGGAAUAGCUCGCCUGUCUCCAGGCAACAGCCCUGACGCAACGGCUGGAAAAAAAAAAAAAAAAGUCCCCUAAAUGAAAAAAAAAAAAAAAAAAAAAAAAAAAAAAAAAAAAAAAAGAACAACAAACCAACCACCACACGCACAGAUUUCUGAAGCGAGACACAGAGGAGGAGGAUGAGACAGACUCCGGGAGGCACUGGUGACACCGCUCUCCAAACACCGAGCUGGGGACCCGAGGUGGAAGGAGGGAGCCCAGAUGUCCGUGCAAUCCCCUCUCUGAUUCCAGCCCCGGUGUUCAUCCAAGGCUGGUUUGGUGCUUGAGGAGGGGCCCACACCUCAGCUGUCCUCCAGGGAGCUGUGCUGAGCGCCUUGUGACACCUGGUCAAACCUUGAGGGUUCUCAUCUCCAUCCCUGGUCCUUUCCAGCCCACCUCUAUGCCUUUGGACUCCCAGAGAGGAUGUCUGUGCCCCAAAUCCAAAUAGAAGAGGCUCUGGACAGCAAGGAUGCUGGCUCUGGGGGGGUUCCUCCUCCAGAUGAUCAUCUGCGGACCCUCAAGGCAUUGACAGAGAAGCUGAGACUGGAGACCAGGCGCCCUUCCUACUUGGAAUGGAAGGCAAAGCUGGAGGAGCAGGCUUGGAAGAGCCCCCAGCCUGAGGGAGACAGGGAGGAUGAGGCCACCAAGGCCAAAAAGACCCCAGGGGAGACUGUCCCCAUGAGGAAGGUGCAGCUGCACCUCAACGGGAGCCCUGCCCAGGACAAGGGGACUGUCACCUCAGGAAGGAUAGGUGGCUUUGAGAGCAUCGACGAAGCUUUGACGUGGCUCAGGAAGGAGCUGGCAGAAAUGCGCCUGCAGGACCAGCAGCUGGCCAGGCAGCUCAUGCGGCUGCGCAGCGACAUCAACAAGCUGAAGAUCGAGCAGACGUGCCACCUGCACCAGCGCAUGCUCAACGAUGCCACCUACGAGCUGGAGGAGAGGGACGAGCUCGCCGACCUCUUCUGCGACUUCCCCCUCGUGAGCUCCUUCAGCCUCUCCACGCCCCUCAAGCUCAUCGGGGUCACCAAGAUGAACAUCAACUCCCGCCGGUUCUCGCUGUGCUGAACAGGGGGGGGAAAGGAGAGGGAAGGAUGGGGGAGAAAGAGGGAGAGGGCUCUCUCUGCCUCGUGGCUGGGUGAGGAGAGGCCAACGAGGAGCAGAGGGAACGGGAGCAAACAGGGAACCCGCAGCUGGUCUUGGUGGCAGUGUGGAGAUUGGCACUGGAACGGCCCGGGGAUGCUCAUGGGGGAAGGCAGGACCUGCGUGGAAGAAGCCUGGAGAGCAUCCAGACCCAACACAUGCACUCAGCUCCUUUGCCAAGUCCCUUCUCCUCCUCUUCCUCCCACAGGACGCAGCUCGGUGUGGGUGGUUGUGCUCAAAAACCAAAGGAGGGGUCAAAAAUCAGCCACAAAGCAAAAUCCCUCUUCCCUUCCCCUUCCCCUCCUCCCAGGCUGGAGCAAUGUUGCUCUCCUCCAUGGAUGUCUCCCUGGGCACCAGCCCUCAUCCUCUGCUGCUCCAAGUGCAGGAUCCAUGGGGCUGUUUCAGGUGGGAAGUUGAUUUCCAGUGGGAAGGAGCCCUCCCAGCAAGCAAAGGACUGUGGGUUAAAUGGUACCAGCCCCAAGAAGUGGUGAGAAGAUGUGUUUCUUGGAUUGCUCCAUAGAGUCCAGGGCACUACAGCUUCAUUUUGCCUGUGGUAUAGAUUACAGACUCACCAUGGGCACAUUCAGAGAUUCCAGCUGACCAGAAGUCUCCUGCGUGCCCUGGAAGUCAUACCCAGAGCAAUACACAUUUCUGAUCCUGUUGGAUCGGGCUGUCAGCCCCAAGACACCCUGUGGCUCACCCUGCAAGCAAGGAAAUGUGUACCCAAGACGUUUCCUGCCAGGGAAAUCCCCAGGCUGACACCCCCAGCAGCAGCACCAGCAAACCCUGGAUCCUCUGUAGCAGCACACUUCCAUCAGAGAGAGGGAACUUCAAGAGGAGAAAGGGGACUUUUGGGUAAUGAACUCAAAAUGGGACUUAAAAUUAAAGGGAGAAAUUACUGUGAUGAGCUUUGGACCUGCAGCAACACAUGGGGUUCCCUCCCUGCCCAGCAGAAUGUGAGAUGGAUGCUGUAUUUUCUUGCCUUUCAGUGCACACGGCUGCCUGUACUUGGCAUGGGGGGCAGAGACCUCUGGUGCUGCCCAGCAAGGGACUCCAAAGGUCUUGCCAUGGCAAUUUUGGGACAGCUGGCACCCAGGACAGGACAGAUCAAGCGUGGAUGCCUUCAGGCUCUCCCUCCUGUGCCCACACCGCUCCUGACCCUGUCAGAGCGGAACAAUCCUGCUCAUGGUGCCCAUACCCACGGCAGGAGGGUUGGAAUCAGAUGAUCUUUAUGGUCCUGUCCAACCCAAACCAUUCUAGGAUCUCAGCCCAACUCUGCCCCUCCCCACGUGCCCGAGCAGGAGCAGCUCUUGGCUGAGCAGACCUGGCUGUGCCCACAGCGCCAGCCUGGGAAGGAGCAGGAGGAGCAAUCCCACUGCUCUGGAAGUUGUGGCUGUGUCGAUGUGCCUGUAGCUGUCCGUGAGCUCCGUGUGUGUGUGUCAGUCGCUGUGUGUGUGCAUCUGAGCCUGCAGGACGCCUCUCCCGGGAGGCUCCGGGCUGGGUUCGCGCCUUUGUUCCGAAACGUGACGGGAACCGGGAUCCAGCGAGACUCCGACGUGCCUGGGAGGAUGCAAGGAGGCUUCCAGACCUGGGGUUCCACUGGGAGCUUUAGGUUGGUGCAAAGACAAAUAAUUUGUGAGCCUCCACAGGUCUGCACAGUGGGGACGAAUUAAGGGGUUCACAGACGUGUGGGGCUGGGGACGCCGAGCUGAGAUCAGUCCUCCAUCCCCCACAGCCCCUGGGUGAUGCCUCCCCAUCCACUCCAAAACUCCCUGAGUAUCUUUCCUUUCUGCUAAGGAAGGAGGAAUUUUAGGCACCAGAAAUUUAUGCAUACCAUCAGCACCAUGCCUGGGUGCUGAAUCUUGUGCUCCCCAGGUGAGAAAAGUUUAUUUUGGGUUGUGACCAGACUGUCACUUGGCCUCUGGACAAGACAACCAGCCACGGUGCCAUUCAGUUUACUAGGAACAGCCUUAUUUCCCCAUGGACAUCUUGGAAAAAAAAAAAAAAACAAAAACCCACCUCAUUAAAAUUCUUCUUUGUUUACUUUUUUCAUAAAAAUAAAUCAGUUUGUGUCCCA